AUGUCCCUGAGCAAUAGCGAGAGCUUCAUCGAGCCAUCCUCCAACGACGAGAUCGAUUCGUUACCAUCCUCGGCAACAAGCUCCUCAGCCGAUGAGGAAGAAUACAUGUCAGACGCGGACAGGGAAUGGAGAGAGUCGCUGCAACAACUGGAGCUGCUGUUGACAAUGGUCAUGGUGCCAUAUCUGGGCAAAUACUUUGGCAGGAAGGCCGCAUACUGGGGAUGGGCCAAGUUUAUGGAAUGGAAAUACCCUGUCGAAAUCGUUUUCUCGAGUCCGAAGACGUUCAAGCUGGCUGGAGCUGUUGAGGCAGCAGCCACCCUAUGA